CCAAUGCGCGCCUUUUGAUGCUUUUAAUUCUCGUUAGCUGUCUGUGCUUCUUCUUCGUGGCUUAAUGGUGCAGCGCAACACACCGACGGAGAAUACCGAUUUCGGACCACUUCGGCCUUUCACUCGGCUGUGUCUCCUGUGAGCUGAUGCAAAGCGGACGAGUUUAUUCGGCGUCGAUGGGCUGAAAUAGGGGUGGGGGGUGAUAUUUUAUUUGCGCGUGUUAUGAUCAACGGGAAUGACACGUAUCCAGAAGAAGCCGUGUUUGUUUUGUGCACCAAUGAGGCAGGGGGUGGAUAGUCGCCACAGAGACGCUGGGCUCCGGCCAAACAUCUCUGCAUUCUAGCACCUAUUCCAUGCUCCGGAUUUGCAUUUGCUGCAUCGCCGAUCGACCGUGUUCUCUGGUCUCCAUUUUUUUUUUUUUUUUUUUUUUUUUUUUUUGCAAAGUGCAUGGUGGAUGGAAGAUGCAGCUGCUUUGAGGACACCCCCCUCCGGAUAUCAAUUCCUGCCAUGACAGGCAGAGGACUGCUCUCGACCGCGGCUCGGCCGGUUGUCGACGAGGCAGACUGAUUUGGGACGGUCGGUCGCAUCUGCGGAUGUUAUUCUGCCGGUGGAGCCUAUAAAAACUGUUCACUCAAAACAAGCCGCGAUUGUCACUCAGGGAAAGGGGAGAAAGAAAACAUGUCCUCUCGAUCUGCAUUACCGUCUGGAAACGACAGGAGUACUGGAGACCAUCAUGUGUUGCUGGGGGCCAGCCGUUCAGACAAGAGUACAAGUCAGUCCAGCCGUUCACUCGGUGCCCGGUGCAGAAACUCUAUCGCCUCCUGCUCUGACGAGCAGCCGCACAUCGGCAACUAUCGUUUACUCAAGACUAUCGGCAAGGGAAAUUUUGCCAAGGUCAAGCUGGCACGCCACAUCCUGACAGGCAGAGAGGUUGCAAUAAAAAUCAUAGACAAAACUCAGUUGAAUCCAACCAGCCUACAAAAGCUCUUUCGGGAGGUACGAAUAAUGAAAGGCUUAAAUCACCCCAACAUAGUGCAGCUGUUUGAGGUGAUUGAGACAGAUAAGACCCUUUACCUGAUCAUGGAGUAUGCCAGCGGAGGUGAAGUAUUUGACUACCUCGUGUCUCAUGGAAGAAUGAAGGAGGUUGAAGCCAGAGCCAAAUUUCGACAGAUUGUUUCUGCUGUCCACUAUUGCCACACUAAGAAUAUUGUCCACAGAGAUUUAAAGGCGGAGAAUCUCCUGCUGGAUGCCGAUGCCAAUAUCAAGAUAGCCGAUUUCGGUUUCAGCAAUGAGUUCACACUGGGAAACAAGCUGGACACAUUCUGUGGCUCGCCACCCUAUGCUGCCCCAGAACUUUUCCAGGGAAAGAAAUAUGAUGGACCCGAAGUGGAUGUUUGGAGUCUGGGAGUCAUCUUGUACACACUGGUCAGCGGCUCGCUGCCUUUUGAUGGGCAGAAUUUGAAGGAGCUGAGGGAGCGUGUGCUGAGAGGAAAGUACCGCGUGCCCUUUUACAUGUCCACAGACUGUGAAGGGAUCCUCCGGCGAUUCCUGGUGCUCAAUCCCGCCAAACGCUGCACCCUAGAUCAAGUCAUGAAGGACAAGUGGAUAAAUUCAGGGUAUGAGGGUGAGGACCUAAAGCCUCAUAUAGAACCUGUUGAAGACUACAGCGAUCCUGCUCGCAUAGAGGUGAUGGUUGGCAUGGGCUUCACCCCUGAUGAAAUCAAGGACUCUCUGCUCAAUCAGAAAUACAAUGAAGUCACUGCUACCUACUUACUGCUGGGCCGCAAAGGCGAUGAGGGCAGCGAGGCCCGCUCAGCCAGUACCCUGUCUUUGGCGAGGGUGCGACCGAGUCCUAUCACCAAUGGAACUAACAAACACUCUUCAACAGCUACUGGCUCCUCUUCUUCUUCCACCUCCUCUUCACACAGUAAGACACAGCGCAGUGCCUCCACUUAUCACAGGCAGCGACGACACAGCGACUUCUGCGGGCCUUCCAUGCCCGUCAUGCACCCCAAACGGAGCCCCACGAGCACGGGCGAGAGGGAGCUACGAGAGGGACGAAUGCCUUCCCGCAAGGCCAGUUGCAGUGUGAUGGGAAGCCACAGCCUCCCUCCAUCCAGUCCAAUGGUUAGCAGUGCCAACAACCCCAACAAGUCGGAGAUACCAGACCGCCGUAAAGACAUGACCGCCACCACAAAUAACAUCCCUGGAAGUGCUAUGACACGCCGAAACACAUACGUGUGCACGGAUCGCUCAGGAGCUGACAGGCACUCUCUCCUGCAGAAUGGCAAAGAUAACAGCUCCCUGGGCCACCGGAUGCCUGCAGCGUCUCCAUCCACACUCAGCAUUUCUGGGGCCGGAGCUGCAUCUUCCUCUUCUUCGGACCGAUGCCGCUUGACCCGAGGCUCCACCAUCCGCAGCACCUUCCACGGUGGACAGCUGAGGGACCGUGGCCCGCCGAUAUACUCAGCCCCGCCCACUUCACCUACCCUGUCCCACCAUGACGCCAGCCCGCUGCCCCACGCUCGCACCAGGGCAACCUCCAACCUCUUCACAAAGCUGACCUCCAAACUCACUCGCAGGGUCACAAAUGAAUCUGAGGGAAUCAGGAGAUUUGCGGUCACAAGUUGCCAUCUACCUGGGUAUCAAAAAGCGUCCGAGCCCAGGGCCGUCGGACGUGGCUGGGAUCUGAGAAGCAGUGGGCGGCGGGACCCUGCGGAGGUUGUAUUGGCUCUGCGGGAGGCAGCACUCGGAUGUGGCUGCCAGGUGCACCACGCCGGCCCCUUUCUGCUCUCCUGCACCCACGGCGUGGCAGGGGGCCGCGUGGCUUUUGAGGCCGAGGUGUGCCAUCUUUCCACGGGCGCCUCCGGGACUUCCAACGGGGUGCGCUACACACGACUCUGGGGUGCACCACUAGCUUUUCGGGACAUCGCCACCCAAAUAUCCAAGGAUCUUGAACUCUGAAUGGAGGGUGGGCUUGACCGUGGGUGCGGGGAUGUGUCAGUGUGUGCGCGAGUGUUUGAAAGGGUGCAGAGUUGGACGGUUUUGAAAUAAUGGAUCAGAGAAGUGGUAAGUUGAAUUCCAGAUGAAAUAACUCCUCUUUCUUGACUGUUGCACAGCGCGCGCGCACACACACACAAACACACUUGACCCUAACAAAGACACGCACACACUGAGGCAACUGCCCCUAACCCAAGCCACUCCCCACGUCCCCCUCCAUUCAACUUAACCCACUGGACCUGGAUCUGACUGAAUCUAGUUAAAUAUUUUUUACUACUACUCUAGCCAUAAUUAUAUUAUUUUUUAAUUUAUUGCUCUGAUGGUUGUUUUUACCCAUUCUUAUUUUUACUAGAUCAGAAAAACAUCAUUAAUUGUAUUUCACUGACCAGCCCAUCCUCUUUCUCAAUAUCGAUAUCUGUUCAUCUUUCCGUACACUAUUGAAUUUUUCAUAUACUUGUGGAUGUAACAUAUGGAGAUUGCUGGCUCCGUGUCAGCUAAGCAAUCAUGUUGUGUUGCUUUGAUUAGUCCACGUGGCAAUGUACAACAGUGGCGACCGCACUGGAUUAAGGUCAACGGGAGCAGGGUUGGCCAGUCAGAAGCUGACUAACACUAAUGAGUCUUCAGCUUAACGAGGUAGCGAGUUUGUGGCUUUUCAAUCACAUUUCCAGGUGGCAAAUGAGCGGAAAAAUGCAUUGAGUGGCAACUAAAAGGAUGCAGACGGCUCUUUUAAGAAAUUGAGCUUUUGUUUGAGCUUUUGUUGUUUUCAGGUCAAAUGUACGCAUAGGAUUUUCACACGCAGUUAUGCCACAAAAUAUUAAUACCCUAGCCAAAUUUGGGCUUAUUCAAUUUUGUUAUGACUGGAUCUCUUAAUUAAGGUGGCCGGGAAGUGUCGGGGAAUUUGCAAACGCUUGGCAAAAGGAAAAAACUGCGAAUGCCAAUGGCUACAAAAUGAGUGCAAAUAGUCGCAACGCGAAUGUAAAAUGACCACAACAGAGGUUAGAAGCAAACUUAAAAUUGUAGAUACUGUAUUUUUCGGACUACAAGUCGCACCUGACUAUAAGUCGCACCAACCAUAAAAUGCCCAACGAAGAGAAAAAAAACAUAUAAAUCGCACCGGAGUAUAAGUCGCAUUUUGGGGGACAUUUACUUGAUAAAAUCCAACACAUAGAACAGAUCUGUCAUCUUGAAAGGCAAUUUAAUAUAAAAAUACAAUAGAGAACAACAUGCUGAAUAGGUGUACAGUGCAUGAACAACGAAAUGCGAAUAUACUGUCCUCACCAGGACGCUACGGCUCGGUCCUGGCUAUACAGCAAGCUAUACUCCCAAAUGACGAUGCUUGACGUCCAUGUAAUUUGCGGGAUCAAUUUCGUCCCCGAUACCAAACAGGUUCGCGUCAAUGUAAAUAAAUGAUAAUUAGGUGCUGUUACAGCAAUGACACAAACGGUUAGCAUGCGUUCGCUAGCAUUAGCACAUCACUCAAACAACCACACAACUGGCUCUAAGUGUCCGAUCGUGGGUGGAAAACACACAACAACAACAGAAAAGAUGAUACACACAGGCGUUGCCUUUGUAUAAAUAUUUUACAGGCAUAAACAAUGAACGUAGGUUCGCAGCCGUUGUUUCUCUCUUGCUAACUCGCCCACUCACUCAAGCUGCGUAGCUGUCCGUCUUCUUCUGGCGCGUGAGCGGUCUUCUUCACGUAAACAAGUGCGAGUGCACCCUCACGUGGGCGUGAAAGCGCCAUAAACUAAAAGCAUGCAUUUCAAUAUAAAAAAAUCAAUAAUACAAUUGAACACACAUUGCCAAAGGCAGAACGCGAACGUGGCCAUAGCUUAAGAGUUAUUCAGGUAACUAUAGCAUAAAGAAAAUGCUAACAAGUUUACCAAACCAUCAGUGUCACUCCAAAACACCAAUAUAACAUGUGAAAUGAUAUCAUAAUGUGUUAAUAAUUUCACCCCCCAAAACCUUCACUGCAGAUCCGUGGUGUGGCACCAUUGUAAAUGGGCUGCAUGGAACCGUGUUGCACGACGCAAUCCAUCCCCUUCAUCCAGGUCAGUACUCAAACCCACUCCGCGUGGUGCGUCCAGCACGACAGGAGAGAACCCUAACCGCUAGGCCAAAAGCCCGCUAGCCAAGCCUCCAGUGCACUCUCUUGAAAGCAUCAGGAGGAAGGUUUCACAUGCAACGCACACAAUGGACCUGCGUGCACCCCUUAACGUAGGAAAUGUUUUCUCCACUAGAGGGCACUUAUAUGCAUAAGUCACAUCCAAACUGUAAAAAUACACUCAAGGUACAUUUUUCGACCAUUUGAUACUGAAAAAUACAAUUUAAUAAAAUCAAUAAAUAAUAAUAAAUUCAAAUUGAUUAGCAACAUUAUGAGGACAAAAUGCCAAAUAUUUUGACUUAAAAAAAAAAGAAAAUGAAUAGAACAAAAACGACAAUGUCACUGGACAGAGGGACAGUUUUUAUUUUUGAUGCAGGCAGUAUAAGCUCCUUUGCUGUGGUAUGGAGUUAUUUUGCACUGAGCAACUUGGUAUGCCACCUUAUAUGAUGCUAACAGUGCUCACUGGUUUACUGAUGUAACCCUGACAAAGCUGGACGUUUGUUGGCAAUACUAUUCUGCAUGUUUUCGUUGAAAAAAAAAUCAAGCGACUGAUUCUGUGUGAUUGGGGUCUAAUGUCUUUAGGUGGCGUCUUAAUUGAUUUUACUUUCCUGCUGUCCGCUUGAGACACAAUAAACAAACUGGUCUUUCCUCGUCUCCCACUGCAUUAAAAGUCACAACCAAAAGCCAAACGCUACAUACGCUUUCGUCAUAAUUCCUCGUCUUAGCUCUGCAUAUCUCCAGUGCUCGUUGCUGUGUGCUCUUGUUUGGUUCAAAAAUAAUACGCACACUCUGAAAAUGGAUGCGCCACUGCCACCCACUGAGUGGAUGUGCAAUUACAUUUUAUUCUAGAAGCCUACGGCAAAAAAGUAUGUUCUGCGAGGUCACAUGCGCCACGCCCUACCAUUUGAGAAGUACUGGUUUAGCCUAAUAUGAUCAAGUAAUAGGUUAUAGCACAGUAAAAUAAAAGUUUGUUUUUAACAGAAAAUCAGACAUUGUACGCAUUUACUCAUGGCCUGAGUAUUCUUUUUACAGAAUACUUUUUUACUUGUACUUGAGUAAAUUUUUUGGCUACUUUACCUACUUCUGCUAUUUCUGUCGUGGUCAUUUUAUGUUCAUGUUGCGACUAUUGCCAUCCGCUUUUUUGUUUAGGAACUUGGAAUGGUUUGGAAUUUGCUAAUGGCGUACCGCACUCAGCACGUCACUUUUGCUCAUUAAUAUUUAUGUCGUUAGCAAUUGUUGCUUGGCAGGUAAACCUCCCGUUUGUCCCUAAUAGUAACGGUAUGGAAAUAGUGUACGAACAAGAUGUUUACUGAGCUAAACCUACCAAUUCUGUCCGAAAAUGUCCAUGGUGCCAAAUUCACUGGUAAAGAUGUGGAAGAACAUACAAAUGUUGAGUUAAAGAGAUGGCUUGAGUGUCGAGAGCUUAAAAAGACAGGAAAAAGAGCUGACCUGAUCCAGAGGUAGCUUUUUUAUCGACACCUUUUUCUUGUGUGCAUUGCCUUUCACCACUGACAAUGACAUUCUCCUGUUUCGAAAAACUAUCCUUUACCACCAUAGUCCCUGCCUUUCUUAUAUAUUGUAUUCUUUGGUUGGCUUACGUCUGACUGUUCUUGGGGAUAAUUUACGUUGCUAUUUUUGUGUAGCGAUCGCAAAUGCUACUCAGUGACAGCCAACAAACACUUUUAAUUUUUUCAUUGAUAACAAAUUUUAAUUCUAUAAUUUAUUUACAAUUCCCCCUUACCAAAGUUGCUUUUUUUUACAACAGAAAACGUAACAACAGUGGCAGUCAGAUACCAUUUUAAUUUUUUUCAGGUCAUUGUCAGACAGAAGCAGCACGGCAAAACGCCACGCUAAAAAAUAAAUGAAAAUAUCAAAAUGGCCUCUUCGUCCUCUGUAGGACCAUGGCCCCCAACAAAAUGUUUACUGCAUAUGACGGGGAAUGGCUUCACCUUGCUGGCGUUAAACUGGGCUUUUGGACAUCUGCGCAAGUUGAUCCAUUCUUCAUAUUUUUUUCCUCCGAGUUUUUGACUUCGGAGAAAACAUCCUUCAGAUGUCAUGAUGUCUAGAGUCGUUUCUACAAGUUCCGUAGCAGCAGUGUUUCUCGGCAUGUUCUUUUUUGAAAGAUUACCGGUAGAAAACAAGCAGUAAUAACAUUGGUUUUGUGCGAGGGCGUGUCCAUGUUGACCCACUUCUGGGUUACGAUGGCGAAAUACAGCAUUCGUGCGGUACGCUGUUGCCUUCCUACACUUCCCGGUCACCGAACCUAAUGAUGCACAAGAGGAUAACAACUGUGCAAAGUUAUUUUAAGGGACAAUACGCAUCCAUUUAUUUUACAGGGUUAGCCUAUCCCCGCUGACCUUGGAUUGGUCGUAAGACAGUCACAGGGCAAGUACAGACAAUGAUUCACUAUAACACUGAAACCCAUAAGGCUGUUCAGUUAGUGUAGUGCAAAUGAUUGUGUUUCAUCAAAAUGGUCUGAUCAGGGCUAUUAAUUAUUUUGCAAAUGGCAAAUAUUAGCUUAAACUCAAUAAUUAUUUUACUAUUUUCUUUCUCAUUUUUAAGACAACUGUACCUUCUCGACGAACAAAUUUGCACUUCAACUUUAAUUUGUCCAGGGUAUGAAUAAUCUUGGGUUUAACUGUACAUAAAACAAAUUAAAGAAGCCGGAUUCCUCGUUAUCAUGCUUGUUCAGGGCAUCAGAAUUACCCAACCUGUCAGGGUGUGUCAUCACUUCACCUUUACUUCAAACACAUAGCACUUAUGACAGCAAUUCUGACACAUACUUGAGAGAAUCCGUCUAAUCUGUAGCCCUCGUUCACUUGGAUGUUUAUGAAGUGUGGUUUCACGGUGUCAUGGGCAGCUGAGGAUGUGGCGUGCCAUCGCUACUGGCUUACUUUCAGUGCAAUGCAGCACUUGCGCCCAACUCUGCUCUGUGCAGGGUCACCACAGUCAUUAACCAAAAAAGUGGAUGAGCCAAGUAGCAAAAUAUAUCAGAGCACACAAAUAACACUCCACCCUGUUCUUCUUGUUGUGGCACAGUAUAUAAACUUGUCUGUCCAUUCUUGAUGACUAUGGGCUGUUGCAUAUAAAAAGGAGUUCCUGGCCCUAACAGGCAUGAUGAAGGCAUUGUGGACAUUUUUUUUCUUGUUAGUCCAGUUGCCUUUAAAGUGAACUACCCCAGCGCCUUCACACAGUAUCUAUUUAAUGUACAAAAUGGAAGAAGCAGAAAGAGUCAAGACUGCUUUCUAUUCUGUUUUUAGUGAAUACCGUACUGUGAUAUUUAACGUAGGCUGCAGAGAUCAUGUCGUUUGGCUGCUGAUUUACUGUUAAUACUAUUUCUCAAAUGUGGCUUUUCUCAUGGUGACCCUAAUCAAACCAGGUCCGUGUAGUUUUUGCCCUUUCCUUUUUUCUUCUGAUUUCGGAAAACAAGCCUAUUUGAGUAACCCUAACCGUGUGUCAAUAAUAAGUGGGAAAUGGAUCAUCUUCCACCAGGUCAAAAAAAAUGAAGCCUGAAAAAUGAGCCUUAAUCUGUUAGUCCAUUAUGAGCUUUAUUGACAUUUCACAAAAGCUCCGCCCCCGCCCCUCAUUUAGGGUUGCUCAGCCGACCAAUGAGGCGUCGCAACAUGAACCCAUUAUACCAUUCAGAGGUAAUGAUACAAGGGAUGUCCCGAUCGCAUAUUUUUGCUCCCAAGUUCGAGUCACUUGAUUUUGAGAAUCUGCCCGUAUCGAGUCCCGAUCCGAUACAGAAUUUUUUUUUUUUUUUUUUAA